AGGAAUAGUGGAAAAACCAGAGCAGGUGGACAAAAAAGAAGCAGAAGGAAGUUCUUUGACUGAAUCACUUAAAAACAAUGAUUUCCCUGAGGAACCAGACAAGAACAACCAAACUCUGUCUAUAGAUGAGCAAAAUUCCACAUUGUCUGAGAAACCUGAAGAAUCUUCAAGCUCCUGAAAACAAAGGUGUAUUUGAUAUACCAGGUCUGGCUGCCCCUAAGUUUGGUUUCAUAUCUGCAGCUGCUGAAGGGACGUCAUCUCUUGGGUCCCUUUUCUCAUCUCAAACCACUAAUGCAAAGACACCACAGCCACAACAGACAGAUAGUGGUCUCUUUUCUGGCUUCAAAAACUUCUCUGCUGGUAUUUUCCAAGAUGAUAAAACAGCAGUAAAGGAAGAAACUUCAUCUACUGCAUCUGUAUUUGGUUUGAAACUUGGCUCUGUCUUUGGGAACUCUGACCUUUCCAAAGCCGAGUCCUGCGAGCCGGUUGUCACGGCACAACCACAGCCUCAAAGUCCAAAACCUGCUGAUGAAUUUUGUGAACCAGAGAAUGAGAAACUAUCACCAGGCUCUGGACAAACUGAAAGUGCAGAUGCAAGUGAUACAGAAGGACCAACAGAAACGUCAAAAACAGGAAGCUGCGACACCCUAGCGCAAACACCGCAAUCUGGCCUCCCUUCUCACUCAGUGUCCCUGUCAGAGGAAAUGGAUAAACCCCAGUUAAAGAUUAUCCCUUGUGAUGUAAAUAAGAGUGAAACUGACACCCCUGAGACCUUGCAUGAAGAUGUGGGCACAGAAAAAACAAAGGACCUAUUGACAAUGGACUCUUCGAAAAGUCCUCCAGACAGCAGCCGCUUGGAUUCCUCCGGUAACCUUAGCCCAGCCAGUUCCCAGCUUAGCUCUGAACCUGAGGAGCGUAGAUACCCAGAGUCCUGCCAGUCCAGCGAACCCCACCCACCUGUCCACAGCCCGCAGUUUACCUACGACGAGGAAGAGGAGGAGGAAAAGGAGCUGCACCCACAACCAGAGCCUGGUUCUAACAAAGACCUGAAGGACUCCUCUGACAUCCUAACAAAACCAGUUCUGUACAACCAGGACAACAAAACAAAGAUCUGUUUGUUUGAAGAUGGUCCUCCUCCCUGUUCUCCAGCCAAAGUCCGUUGGCUCAAGGCAUAUAACAAAGUCCGAGUCCAGCUCCUGGAGGGUCGACAUCAAGAUGGUGACCCCAGCAAACAUCCAUGGGCGAAGCCAGGGGGAAACACACCCUUUGGUAUUGACAGCAUGCCGGACCUCCGCAAGAGGAGACCCAUUCCUCUUGUUAGUGAAUUGGCUAUGUCUAUGAUACAGUCGAGGAAAGCUGGACUCGCCCACUCAUUGGCCACUCGGACGUCGCUAAAAGACGAGGAGCUGAAAACCCACGUCUAUAAGAAGACGCUGCAGGCUCUGAUCUAUCCCAUCUCCUGCACCACGCCACAUAACUUUGAGGUGUGGACGGCGACCACGCCCACAUACUGCUACGAAUGCGAGGGCCUGUUGUGGGGCAUUGCCAGGCAGGGCAUGCGCUGUGCCGAGUGUGGGGUCAAAGUUCACGAGAAAUGCCAGGAGCUCCUGAACGCUGACUGUCUGCAGAGAGCAGCUGAGAAAAGCUCCAAGACCGGAGCAGAAGAUCGGACACAGCACAUCAUCAUGGCCAUGAAAGACAGGAUGAAGAUCCGUGAGAGGAACAAACCAGAGAUAUUUGAGGAGAUCCGUAAAGUCUUCAACAUCUCCAAGAUGAUCCACGCCCAACACAUGAAGAGCAUCAAGCAGAGCGUCCUGGAUGGAACGUCCAAGUGGUCAGCCAAGAUCUCCAUCAACAUCGUCAGCGCUCAGGGUCUUCAGGCCAAGGACAGAACCGGCUCCAGUGACCCAUACGUCACCAUCCAAGUGGGCAAAACCAAAAAGAGAACCAAGACCAUAUACGGAAACCUCAACCCGGUCUGGGAGGAAAAGUUCAGCUUUGAGUGUCACAACUCCUCUGAUCGCAUCAAGCUGCGAGUCUGGGACGAAGACGACGACAUCAAGUCUCGGGUGAAGCAGCGUCUGAAGCGGGAGUCCGACGACUUCCUGGGCCAGAGCAUCAUCGAGGUUCGGACGCUGAGCGGAGAGAUGGACGUCUGGUACAACCUGGAGAAGAGAACAGAUAAGUCUGCCGUAUCUGGGGCCAUUCGUCUUCAGAUCAGUGUGGAGAUUGAAGGAGAGGAGAAGGUGGCGCCGUACCAUGUUCAGUACACCUGUCUUCAUGAGAACAUGUUCCACUUUUCAACGGACGUGGAGGGAGGCGGCGUAGUGAAGAUCCCCGUCGCUCAUGGAGACGAUGGAUGGAAGGUUUAUUAUGAUGAAGUGCAGCAGGAAAUAGUGGAUGAGUUUGCAAUGCGCUACGGCAUCGAAUCCAUCUACCAGGCCAUGACCCAUUUCUCCUGCCUGUCGUCUAAGUACAUGCUGUCAGGGAUUCCAGCAGUGAUGAGCACCCUGCUGGCCAACAUCAAUGCCUUCUACGCCCACCCCACUGCCUCCACCAACGUCUCCGCUCCGGCCAGAUUCGCAGCCUCCAACUUUGGGAGAGAUCGUUUUGUGAAGCUCCUGGAUCAGCUGCACAACUCCCUGCGUAUUGACCUGUCCAUGUACAGAAACAACUUCCCAGCCAGCAACAAAGCCCGUCUCACUGACCUCAAGUCGACUGUGGAUCUGCUCACCAGCAUCACCUUCUUCAGGAUGAAGGUCUUGGAGCUCCAGAGUCCUCCCAGAGCUGCAAACGUUGUCCGGGACUGUGUCAAAGCCUGCCUCAACUCCACCUACGAGUACAUCUUCAACAACUGUCUGGAGCUGUUUAACCGACAGUUCCAGUCCGCUAUCCAACCGCAGACCGAGCCAGAGAAGAAGAAGAAGAAGAAAAAGAAGGAGGAAAAAGCUGAGGGAGAGGAAGGAGAUGAGGAGGAGGAAGAGGAGGAAGAAGACGAGGAGGAAGAGGAGGAGAAGAAGGAGGAGAUCCAACCGGAGGAGCAGGGCCCGAGUAUCCAGAACCUGGAGUUUUGGCCCAAACUCAUCACACUCAUCGUCUCCAUCAUCGAGGAGGACAAGAACUCCUACACACCCAUCAUCAACCAAUUUCCUCAGGAACUCAGCGUGGGUAAAGUCAGCGCUGAAGUCAUGUGGACGCUCUUUGCUCAGGAUAUGAAAUACGCCCUGGAGGUUUUGGAUAAAAUUGAUCAUUACCGCUGGAAUAAUGCUCCCACCACCUUCCGCAUCCGCAUGGUUGACUUCUACGCCGAGCACGAGAAACAUAAACUGUGUAAAACCGCCGACUACAUGAACCUGCACUUCAAGGUCAAGUGGCUUUACAACGAAUAUGUGAAGGACCUUCCCGCCUUCGCCGACGCUGUGCCUGAGUAUCCAGUGUGGUUUCUCCAGUUCGUCUUGGCCUGGUUGGCAGAGAACGAGGACGUGUCCAUGGAGUUCAUGCACGGAGCUCUGGACAGAGACAAGAGAGAAGGGUUCCAGCAGACAUCAGAACAUGCUCUGUUCUCCAGCUCGGUGGUCGACAUUUUUACUCAACUCAACCAGAGCUUUGAAAUCAUCAAGAAACUGGACUGUCCUGACCCGACCGUGGUGGCCCAGUACAACCGCCGCUUCGCCAAGACCAUCACCAAAGUGCUGCUGCAGUACUGUGCCCUGUUGGCCAAAAGCUUCCCCUCCUACUGCGAGAAGGAGAAGAUACCCUGUGUGUUGAUGAACAACGUCCAGCAGAUGCGAGUCCUUCUGGAGAAAAUGUUUGAGUCGAUGGGAGCCAAGCAGUUGACUGCAGAGGAGGAGAGGCUUGAAAACGAGGAAGAACCUGAGGAGGAUGAAGAGGCCGUCACUGACAAUGAAGGGGACGAUGGCAUGUCUGAGGAGUCCAAGUCUGGCUCAGACUCUGAAGGAUCUGAGAUCGACAAGGAAAAGGUAAAGCAAUUAAAAAGCAAAGUAGGAAUUUCAAAAGGCUUUAGAACUUGUCUUUUUUUAUUUAUCAUUCAUUAUUAUCAUUAUCAUUCUCUGUUUUUUCUGUUCUCACAUCAGCCCAAGAAGGAAAAGGCGGAAAAGAAAGACAAAGAGAAGCAGGAUGACACCAAAACCAAACAGUCAAAGGAGGAAGAAAACAAGACCGAAGCCACAGCUGCUACAAAGAAGUUGGAUACAGAGGCGGCUGACAUCCUUAAUGAUCUGCAGGUGAAGCUCAACACUGUUUUGGACAACUUCAGCACAGUGUUUGCCAAGAGUUUCCAGACUCGCAUCAACGGCUGCAUGCGUCAAACGGCUGACAUCCUGUAUCAGAUCAAAGGCCCCCCCAACCACAGCACCGCCGAGGCCGAGGCCGACGCCAUGCUCAGGCCCCUCAUGGAGUUCCUGGAUGGAAAUCUGAGUGUAUUCGCUGACAUCUGUGAGAAGACGGUGCUCAAGAGGAUCCUGAAGGAUCUGUGGAAGAUCGUCCUCAACAGUUUAGAGAAGACCAUCGUCCUGCCCCAGAGCAGCGACAGUCUGGGUGCUCAGCUCCUCACAGCAGCUAAAGGACUCUCCAAUCUCAAGGGAGGAGGUGAAGCCAAAACCCUGACGCCCAAACAGUGUAUGAUCAUUGAUGCAGGACUGGAGACCAUCAAGCAAUACUUCCACGCAGGAGGAAACGGGCUGAAGAAAGCCUUUGUGGAGAAAAGUCCUGAACUGGCGUCUCUGAGAUACGCCCUGUCCCUGUACUCACAGAGCACCGACGCCCUGGUCAAGACCUUCAUCACCACACAGCACUCACAAGUUCAUGAUGGCAUGGGCAUCCGGAUCACUGGUAACGAGAAAAUCCGCCCUGAUCGGGGUUCGGGGGUGGAGAAGCCCAUCGGUGAAGCCAUGCUGCAGAUCGACAUGAUACUGGGGAAAGAACGGAAGGUUAACGUCAGAGUUAUUGCUGUGAAUGACAUGAAAUGGCAAACGUCAGGAAUGUUCAGACCUUUCGUUGAAGUCUCGAUGGUCGGCCCCUUCCUGGCCGACAAGAAACGCAAGUUUACCACCAAAUCCAAAAACAACAGUUGGACGGCCAAGUUCAACGAAUCCUUCCAGUUUGUUCUGGGUAAGGAAUCCCCCGACUGCUACGAACUGCAGGUGACGGUUAAGGAUUACUGCUUUGGCCGGGCGGACCGGGUGGUGGGCGUGGCCGUGAUCCAGCUUCGCGACGUCGCCGACCGUAAGAGCUGCGUGGUCUGGUGUCCUCUGGGUCCACGCAUCCACACCGACGAGACGGGGGUGACGGUGAUGCGUAUCCUGUCCCAGAGGCCCAAUGACGAAGUGGCCAAAGAGUUCGUCAAACUCAAGUCUGAGACACGACCUGUGGAGGAGGGAAGAUGAGCACCAACACUGACCCAGGAUCAGAAGACACAGGACAUGUCAACUUUGAACAGGAAACACCGGACAUGUCAACGUUUAAGAACAGGAAACACCGGACAUGUCAACUUUAAGAACAGGAAACACUGGACGUGUCAUUGACCCUUUUUACUUGACAAUAAAAUUCAGAUAACUGGGAGUAAUCAGAUCUGACGCAUUUACAUGCCCCUCAGAAAUAAUCAAAAACCUGAUUUAGACACUCCAGUCCAUUAUCGGAUUUUUUUCGGAGUACAUACAGUACAUACAUACGUAGUGAUGGUAGACUACGUAACUUCAGGUUUCUAUUAUUUUAACUGUGUUUACGCAUGCGCAGACGUAAAAAAACUAAAUAAAUCAGAUUAACCUGUACCCAUGCAGAAGACAUCAGAAUAUUGGGGAGAAAUCCAGGUGUGUUAAUCUGAUUUCUCAUUAUCAGAUUACUGUUGUUAUCUGAUAAAACAUAUCAGAUUAUCCUGUUUACAUGAUCACUUGAAUAUUCUGAUAACUCCAGAAAUCGGAUAAUGACCAGAGUAUUUGUUUAAAUACUAAACAGACUAACUGUCAAGAGGGCUGGUUUUAAGAGUCAAAAAAAUAUUAUUCUUUUUUUUUUUUUUUUUUUUUGGCUAACAGCUAAAAAUAGCUAACAUUAAUGGCUGAUACAUUUGCUGGAAACUCUAUAAAAUAAGUGUUUAAUGUCAGAAAUGAGAGAAGUUAGCAGCUAGUUUUGCAGCUUUUUAUCACAGUGUUGACGUUACUGUUAUAGAAAUGUCCUGGUUCGGUGCAUAGAUUGUACGUAAAGAUGGACGAUGCAACCGUUUCAUUCCACUGUGUAAAACAAAGACACAUUUUCGGAAUCAUCAGAGCCGCAUUAGUUAUGUGGCAUCUGUCCAGACAUGAGGACGCCAUGUCAUCUGUUUGUAGAUGUGUAUCUGACAGAUCAGGUCACCCAUCAUCCAUUUUUAUAACAUCAAAUAUCAUAAAAACUGACUGAAUACGAAGGUGUUUUAAAGUGAAAUCUAUUUAAAGUCCAAAAACACCUUUAUGAAGCAUGUAUUGGAUUAGUGUAUUAGAUAAUAGAGUGACAUAGCUUUAUGAACAUUACCACAGCCAACCACCAGGGGGAGACAUUUAUCCUGACUUUCUGAGGUUGCAUAUAAACCCUAUGGUGUAAUUGUUGCCAGUGCAUCAAUGCCAACACCAUUUUACGUAGGACUUUACAUCCACUAAGGCUGUAAAGUUACAUUUAAGUUAUUUAUACUCAUGUUGGAAAUAGUGAGACCCUUAAAAUGUUAGUAGCGUUUAAUUUUGGAAUUUAUGCUUCUGUGGGAAAGUCUGAGUUUUCUCUUAUUCUUUGAUAUUUUAACUGAAAUGUACAGUCAGGUCUCGUAGUUUGUUAGCCUUAAAGCCAGAGAGAAGUGAAGAGAUUUUACAUUUGAAAAUGUUUACAUGGGGUCAGGGGGAGGGGGGUGACGGGGCGGGACACAUUUUAUCUAAACUUAAGAAUUCUAGGUAGUUUUGAAUGUAGCCUGUUCAGCAUCUUUAAGGGACUGUCAUUUUCAGUUUAGUUGUAAACUGAAUAGACUGUUGACUGUAAAUCUGCUCCAAAAAACAACAAAAAAAGACUUUGAGAGGUGAAAUAACAUGAGGACCUUUUAGGAAACUAAAGGACCUCAAUGACCUUUUUUUUUUUUUUUUUUUUUUUUUUUUUACUGUGGAUAACUGGAAAAAAUAGAGGUUUACUGUCACAGCCUUUCAUGCAUGAAUGUACCGAUCAAACCUUUCUGAACAUCUGACUGCUUCGUCGAUUCCGUGAACCCAGGACUGGACUCGUCCCGGUUGUAAAUGAAACCUCCAGGCUGCUCAUCCACCACGGGUUCCGUUGGAUGUUUACCACGUGCCAAUUUGAGCCAUGUUGAACGAGCUAUGGUCUUGAGUUUGGCCACGUUUGCAGACAGAUGUGGUCGUUGUAGACGUCCCACUUUCACUGCAUGUUUGCCAAAAACUGCACUUUGGUUCCCCUUCAUCAACAGGAUCUGUUUGGUAGAAUUCAGUCAAACGGGCCCAGAGUUGUGGUGUUCAUUCAUCCUAACACAUCCUGAAUAACCUCCUGUAACCGACGGUGCAUGAAGGGGAUGUUGUACAACGGCCACCGCUGCAUUCUCACCUUAACUCUUGCACUUUUAAAAAACGACUGUAACUUUGUACAAAUAAAAGCCGAUGAACAGAGCAUGUAUUUACUGUAAAACAAAGUCAACUAGAAGUGUGAUCUUUCUCUUGUAUGUACUGUGAAAUAUGAAGAUUGAUCAAAUGGAUGUAAAGUACUUAUUAUUCUAAUGUGACAUAUGUUGAAUAUACUUGGAACAAUAUUUUCUAUAUAAAACAUUUAUAAAUCAA